UGAUCGGAAUUUUUGAUAUCUCACUUCGAGAUAACUGCAGCGUUUUAUCUCUCCAACUUUCUCAAUCCCGAUUUCCCAAUUCCCAAAACCGCCAUUUCCCACUCUUCCUCUCCGUCGCCUGCGAUGGCCGCAGCGGCGGACAGCCUACUGAAAUCUGGUGAAGUUUCCGCCAUGAUCCGCCAAGGCUUUCUAUCCCCUUCUUCUACCCCGUUCUCUUCCUCCCGCUUCUCCCCUCAACAUCCCUCCCCUCCAUUCUCCUCCCCGCCACCCUCGUCCUCCUCUUCUUCUUCCCCUUCCACCUCGUCCUCCUCCUCGUCGCACCCCUCUCCAUCAACCCCACCAACCACGCUGUUUGAUAUGAUCGCUAGGGAGAAUCAAGCUCAUCGUCCGUCGGCGGAAGCAGAUCACAACGAAAAGCGAUUACGGCUCCAGGAGCGGAUCGCUAGGGUGCUCGCCGGAGCGAGGCCCGAUUGGGGACAUGGCGAUGUGGAGCUGUCGGUGAGCUCUGCUGAUGGGUUUAGAGUUUCGAUGGGGGUUCAUCGUCGCGUCUUGGCAGCGGGGAGCCGCUUCUUUGCGGAGAAUCUGGGGCGGCGGGGCGGAGUGGUGGAGAUCUGCGAGUGCGAUGAUGUGGAAGUGUACGUUGAAGUGGUGGCUAUGUUGUACUGUGGCGAUCUACGGAGGCGGCUUUGCGGCGAGGGUGCAAAGCGGGUGCUUGGUUUGCUCAAGGUUUCAGCAGCCAUAAUGUUUGAUGCUGGAGUGACAGCAUGCCUUGAACACCUGGAAGCCAUUCCAUGGUCCGAGGAAGAGGAAGAAGAGGUAGUAUCUGUUCUCAGUCAGCUACAGCUAAGAGACCCAGUGGCUGAGGUUUUGCAAAGAGUUCUCGUGGAAUCAUCUUCUUCCUCCAGAGCAGAUGCAAUUUUCCUGCGGCUUCUUGCUGGCGUUCUGCAAUCCAAAGACGAGAAAGCUCGCCGAGACAUGAAAGCUUUGAUGCUUGGAUUGCUCAGAGAAGACAAUCCUCAAACUGGUGAACUCACCGAUAGGAUUGAUGUGUCAAGGGAAACUCUGUAUCACCUCUGCCACAAAUGCCUCAGUUCUCUUCUGGUCAGUGUAACAGAAGCUGCAAUGCUGGAUGAAAACAGGCGCGAUGACCGUGGGAACUUCAUGGCUGAAAUUGCUCAUGAAGCCGACAACAUCCAGUGGCUAUUUCAGAUUCUGAUAAGCAAGAAGAUAGCUGAUGAGUUUGUGAUGCUGUGGGCAGAACAAAAAGAGCUUGCAGAUCUCCAUGGCCAGAUUCCAAGCAUAUUUCGAUACGAAAUCAGCAGAAUUACAGCUCAGUUAUGCAUCGCCCUGGGCAAGGGAGAGGUGUUGGUGGCCAAGGAAGCUAGGUUUGCGGUGUUGAGUACAUGGCUGGAUGCACUGUAUGAGGAUUUUGGAUGGCUGAAGAGAGCUUGCAGAGGGCUUGAUAAGAGGAUGGUAGAGGAAGGACUGUGUCAAAUGAUACUGACAUUGUCAAUGGUGCAGCAGCAGGUGGUGCUGCUGCGGUGGUUCGAUAGGUUUCUGAAGAAAGGAGAUGAGUGCCCAAAUUUGCAGAGGGCGUUCCAGGUGUGGUGGAGAAGAUCUUUUGUGAGGAGGUUUGUAGGAGAAGAAGAAGAAGGUGGAGGUCAGUAUCCUUCUGAUUUGCAGAUUGUUGUUUGUGAUCAGUCUGCUUGAAGGUUUUAAUCGGGUGCUUAUUGGCCUGUUUAUUGUGCAUAGGCUCGCUUGAUUUUCACAUGGAAUGUGCAGACUAAUGAGACUUUAUCAUCCUCUUGCAUACAGCAUUUGUGUAGGCAGAUGCUAUGGAGAAAUUAUUAGGUUUGGGCACCUGACAGAGAGAAUCAUCUGGAUUUCUCUCUGCGCAGUCAAAUCAAAGUUACUGUAGCUGCUGCGCUUUUAUUGUAGACAGAGAGAAAUCCGGAUGAUUCUCUCUGUCUGAUGUUCGCACCUUGUAAUUUGCCGAUGCUACAUGCAUGUAGAGUUGAACUCGUGCAUUGUGUGACCAUUUUCAUUUAUUUUAUUUCUUUUGUGAACA